AUGAAUAGUGUAAUUACUCGAAAAAAUAAAGGGUUGUGUGUCAUACGUGGAGGGUGUGUCGUAUGUACUCCUGGAAGAUACGUUUAUCUUUAUUCGACACCACGUGCUCCUGAAGUCGUUGUCUUCUUCCUCCCACCGGUCGAUACACUCGACUAUUCCCCACACGCGAAGAGCAUACCGCGUGUUUGGCCUUUUAGAGCGUUGAUUCUCUAUUUUCCUACUCCUAAGGUAGCCAGUCGUUACUUCCUAUCUUAUAUUGAUAGCUAUAUCACUUCACCACCACAAGAGUACACUCAUAUGCAAGUCUGGGCUCUUGUCAGGGGCACUUACGUGGCUAGAUUAGCCAAGAAGAGUACAUUCAGAUAUCCUACUAUGAGACUGAUUGAUCGAUUGAUCGCUUUGACCGUUCGUCAUUAUGGGGAGUGUAACAAGCCUAGCGACAUGUCCUUACCGAAGAGAAAGGUUUGUGGAGGUCAUUACAUCAGUUGUCUUGCAAGUUCUUACGGUGUAGAUACUAGUGGGAUGGUUCUAUAUCCUAUCAAAGAUAUUGAUGAGAGAGCUCUGAUAAAGAUACGAGCGGUCAUACAAGGAGCUAAUGAUCUCCUGAGGAUUCCUCCGAAUGACAUAGUGGUACCUCUUCGCCAGGUGGAGCUUGAGCUUGAUCCUUCACUACAUACGCAGUACAGGGCUAGGCAUGCACCAUCGGCUGCUCAACGGGGCCUGAGCUUGAGAUUGAUAUACGUUACUUGGCUCAAUAAGAGCGAUGUAGUUUUUACCUCUGGGACACAACAUGCCGAUGAUGAUGAUGAUGGUGAUGAUGGUGAUGAUGAUGAUGAAGAUAAUGAUGAUGAUGAUGAUGACGACGAUGGUGAUGAGGAGGAGGAGAACAAGAAGGAGGAGUAG